CUAAAACAGAGUAUUAUAGUAUAAUUUAUUUAUAUAAGAAUAAUUGUUAAGGAAAAUGAAUUAUUUGCUGUAUUUUUUCCAACUUGUCAUAAUACAGUACACAACAGCACAAGUCUUCAGCAGCCUUGGAGGGCGAAAAUUCCUAAACAACCAAAACUGUGGCAAUUUACCUCUAGCAACCAAUUUUGCCAACAACGCCAAUCUCCUAGCCAAUAUUGGCCAAACAAACCAACUAUCCAAUAACAUCAUUGCACAGAAUAACUUAGGACAAGAAUAUCUAAUAAGCAACGCAAAUUACGCUAGCAACAUACCCAGCAAUAUCAAUUUAGCUAGCAGCAACAGUGGGAUAGCUAGCAGCAACAUUGGCCUAUCUAACAACAAUAUUGGUUUGACUAGCAAUAUAGGCGUAAGCAACAUUGGCAGUGAAGUCUUUUACAAAAAAGCCCCAAUGUAUGCUAAUGUUGUCAAACCUCCAAGAGAAUAUGGUAUUGAGUUUUCAUCAGGGGCGUUGCAAGUUGGUGGUAAUGUUGAAGUGAAUGGGAGGAUGCCUUUCAACGCUAAUGUUGCACUGAAUGGGGCAGUGCCGGCGCAGGGAUUGGGAGCAGUGGAUUAUAGGUGUGACAAGCUGGGAGAAGAGAACUAGGGUAAAUUACCCUAUUAUAAAUUAAAGGAAAACUUGAAAAAUUCAUACCUUCGGCAGGACUCGAACAUGCGACCGUCUGUUUUGCCGGAGCAGUCGCUAUGAUCUACAUAUAACCACGGAGGCCUGCUGGAUGCGUACAAAUUUUUCCAUGCGGAAUUUAUAAUUCCUAAACGCCUUAGUGUGGCGUAAUAGCGCUACCCUAUUAUAAAUAUUCUAGUUUUAUUAUUUAUUCAGCUUAAAUAAAGUAAUGUAAAUUA